UAAACCUGUUUUUCUUAUCCUUCACACUUGCCCACCCCGUUCAGUGCGUGCCGGUCGAUGGCGCAGGAUCCUGCGGUGUACGAGAUGGAACCACAACAUCGUGUCGGAAGAGAAAUAACCCAAAAGAACACAUUCACCUCUGGCGAAGAGCUAGAAUCUUUGUUGGUUUUAUUUAGCAGAAACAUGGAAGGAAGAAGAAGUGUUAUUUUUUUGUUGAUGUUGUCCUUUUCCUACCUUAGGCAGGAAGCACAAACGAUACAAGAACACGUCCGUAGUGUGGUGCAGAAGAAGUGUAUGAGCUUCAGUAUCUACAAAGGUAUAGCCUCACUCAGAGAAUCUGAAAAAAAAGAGAAAGCAAAACCUCACAGCAAGAACCAGAAUUUUCAUGGCAUCGCGAUUAAAAAAAUACUUCUUUGAAUUCGAGCUGGGAAGGUCUCGUAGUUCUAUAGAAUUGGUUGCAUCCUCAAAAUACAGGUAUUUUCAUAAUGAAUCAAAGACCUACCCUAAGAACUGGCAACUAACGGCCAACGGGUAGGAGUCAGUUGUCGUUGAUGCAGGCCUAUCUGGACCGAGCAUGGUUAAGGACGAAGAGUUGAGGUGCAUCUGCUGGUAUGCUUGCUGGCCUUAUGCCUUAUUGUACCUUCGGCUUUUCAAGGUUGAGUGUGUGAGUGAAUCUUAUCGAAUGUGUGCCAUUAGAUCACAAAAUAGACUGUAGAUUCCAUUUCUACCUGCUGUUUAUGGUUUAGGUACCAAUGUAGCCAAGAAAACAUGAGGACAUACCAAAAUCAUCCAUGUGUAGGUCUAACAAUGGCUUGAGAAGAUCCAAGAACAUUUUCGACGUAUAAGAAAUUUUAAACUUAGAUGAUAUGUGGAAUAUUUAAAACUCAUUCCAAAAUGUCACAUACAUUUCUGUUCUUAUUUUUUUUGUUAUAAUAAUCUCAAUAAAGUUUUCCUACAUGGAAUUAUUUGUGUCAUAAAAUCAUUUGUAGUACAUUAAAAAAGUUAAAUACAGUUCGUUCUGUAAUUAAGGUAUUACCCGAACUGAAGAAAAUAAACGAAUAAUAAUUACACUAAAACACACAAUCAAUAAGUGUAAUAGGAAGUCAUUGUAAUAGACAAACGUUUAAAAUGUACAGGCGAUCGCGAACAACAUUUACGUAUGAUUGAGAUUUAAGUAAAUGAGGCGUAAAAUGUUGAACCUUUUAACCUCGAUUACUUUCCAUUUUUAUACAGUUUUAAAGUAUCAUUGGAAAAAUUUCUUUCGUUUUCAUGAUGUAUACCCAUCAAGGAUGGAAUGCUCAACCUACAAUAUUCAACUCAGAAUGGUUAAUAUUUAAGUUAACCACGUGCACGUCUUGGUUUCAAAUCUCGAUUCUACUAAGAAGUCGUUUCUUUUGGAUAGGAAACCCAAUACAGCGGAGGCUUAGCUAGACUAGAGUAUGAGCAACAAUCACACGAUGCAGUGAUAAUUAUGAAGUCUUUGUUCUUGAAGGGUUCAGGACAGAAAUUGAGAUUUUAUGUUAUAGUUUGGAAAAGUUAGUGCUAAAAUCGAAUAGUAACAUUUCUUCUCACUCACACCUUGUGCCAUCUCUUUUCACUGUCUGACAUUAAAGUUCUCUCUCAUGGUAGGAGCAUGUUGGAGAAGUACAUUACGUAUCCUGUACAAUACCUGUACGUAGCUUUGUUGUCGAACUCACUCGCUAGUGCAGUUUGCCGACGGAAAUGAGAGUAAAAAUGUAACCUUCUCUCGCGUUGAUUUUUCUCCCCAUCGACAAUCUCUUUUCGUUGCGAUGGGUGUCGUUGGAGUGAGCGAGCAAAACGUGAACCGAGAGACAGAGAGCCUUGACUUGUUCUCACCAUUUUACCACGAAUCGCAUGCUCACUCUCACGGCCCAUCUGUUCAUUUCGUUCCAAGACUCUUCUCAGCCGUUCCGUUCAUUCACUUGAAUUUAGUACGCGAAGCAAGCUGCCGGUCGCCGAUCGAAGUUCCCUGGGCCGUUUCGCACGAAAAAUCCCCAUUGGUUCCUUCGUUUCGCGUUAUCCGUUUCCAUUCGUUAGGCAUUUUGUUUUUCGCGAAACAAUAAGCAAAGCAGAACGUGUGUUGUACCCAUUUGUUAGUGUGCUAGUUUUUCUCGUACUUCCCGUGUCCUGCUGCUGUCAACGUUAAGCGAAACAGCGCUUCGCAUCGAUCUCAACCCGAUCUCCCGAGCAGGAAAAGGCUUCAGUUUUAAACGUAACCGAAUAAAAAAAAUAAUAUCGGACUGCCGAGCGCACGUGUACGCGUUAUCGGUCGUUGUUCGUACGUGCAUUUAAAGUGUUAUUUGGUGCAUGUGUGUAUCGUCGUGCAUGCCUGGGAAAAUAUGUGUCUUUGCAAAGUUACGGUGAAACGGAAGGGCUUCGAAAAGCCAGAUAAAGCGACAUCAAGCCAUUAGUGGAGAAAUAUAAUAAAUAUUAAAAAAUGGUACCCAUUACUAACAAUUGCUCGCCAUCUUUUUCAACCACAAGGAAGAAGAGUUCUAACGCGUGAAAAUACAAAAAGGCUACGUAGUGAAGGAGCUAAGCAUACUAGAACAAAGUCGACGAACCAACAAAAUUAGAUGCGCUCGUGGCGUAUGUGUGUGUAUGUGUAUGUAGAGUGAUCGUCUUUCCAUUGGUGCUAAUUAAGUAGGCUCCGUUGUUGCUAUCGGUGUGUUUUUGCGGUUUUGUUUCACAUCGUUGAAAGCAAAACGCUUUGUUGUCACGUGUUGUGUGCAAAACCGAAUACUUAGAAGGAAAAUAUAGUACAAAAAUCCUUAUUUCGUUCAAUCGCAUAGAGUACGACUAGGGUCGCAUUUUAUCAAAAACACAAGCGUUCAAAAGGCGAAGCAAACAGUGUGAUAAAUCUCCAGUGUAAACGUUAUUCUACGUCAUACGAUACGAAAACGAAUCGGAUGCAGCGCAAAAGUAAACCGUCACUUCCAUUCUAUCUAAGGUAGUGGAAACAGUGAGCAAAGUAUUUGGCAGAAGCAAGCUCCAGCACCAACAAGGCCGUCAGCAGUAUUGUAACAAAGCUUGGAUAUCUUAGUCCACCAUCUUCCGGGAUAAAGAUUGUCAUCGUUAUUCCUGGAUAGCUACAUCAAGCGAAAGUGUGGAAAAGAAGCGAGAGCAAGACAACAGACCCAAAAGACAGCUAAAUGGAAGUAGCACGAAAAAGAUACAAAUCUAGCCGGGGUCCGGUGUUAAGGUCAAGCGAACGUCGCCGUCCACAGAGUAUAUCGUCAUCCACCCCUGCACUACUGCCGCGCGUGGUCCUGAACCGCAUCGAUCCGAGAGACUGCGAUCAGCGCAUUCGCGUUUCGUACAAGGUUGCCAUCCGUAGCACCAGAAGCAGUCGCACAAACAACACCAGCAGCAGUCACAGUGGCAUGAAUAUGGGCCAAAAAAUCAGUGGCAGCGUCAAAACGGUCAGCCGCGAUCAGCCGUCCCCGUUCAUUCCGAAGAUUCCCCGCGAACUGGCCGCUCACUUCCAGCGCCCCGCUCGGCUGGACGUCCUGCUCGAUAUGCCGCCGGCACCGCGAGAAACGCAGCUCAAAUAUUCCUGGAACUCGGAGGACCGAUCGCUAAACGUGUUCGUCAAGGAGGAUGACAAAAUGACCUUCCACCGACAUCCGGUGGCACAAAGCACAGACUGCAUACGGGGCAAGGUGGGCUUCACCAAGGGCUUGCACGUGUGGGAGGUGUUCUGGUCGACACGGCAGCGCGGAACGCACGCAGUGAUCGGAGUGGCGACCGCGGAAGCACCCCUGCACUCCGUAGGUUAUCAAAGCUUAGUCGGCCUGAACGAGCACAGCUGGGGCUGGGACCUGGGACGCAAUAAACUGUUCCACAACUCCAAGUCUUGCCCGGGUGUCACCUAUCCUGCGAUACUGAAGUCGGAGGAAACGUUUCUUGUGCCGGAUAAGUUCCUCGUCGCACUCGACAUGGACGAGGGUACGCUCAGCUUUAUCGUCGAUGGCCAGUAUUUAGGUGUGGCGUUCAAGGGACUGAAGGGGCGUAAACUUUACCCGAUCGUAUCGGCCGUCUGGGGGCACUGUGAAAUAACGAUGAAAUAUAUUGGCGGCUUGGACCCCGAACCGCUACCACUAAUGGAUCUCUGCAGGCGCGUCAUCCGCCAGAGAAUCGGCCGGACGUAUCUAGAGGAACGUAUACCAAACCUAGCCCUGCCGCAAUCGAUGAAAACCUAUCUAUUGUACCGGGAUCGAAGAUAAUAAAACGUCCGACAAGCGGCUGCAGACAUGCUAUAGGAGAAGGGAAGGGGCUUCGAUGAGUCUAACAAGGGCGAAACACCAUCAUCACCAUGGAAAACGACAGCAAACAUAACACACACACAUACACACCUCCACGAAAAAUGUUCAACCGAAUCCAUCAACAGAGCAACCACCACACAACAUCCUCCCGGGGACGACAGCAGCGAUGCAUGUGUUCGUCAUGAAGUGUAGUGCUUCGCCGAGUGGAGGUAUUCUUCUUGUAUUCUGAUUUUGGCUUCGUCUACAUCAACCGCCGAUAAUGCGCUAACGCAUCAUCCUCCAGUAAUGUGCCAGCCAGCGAUCGAGUUUUUUUGUUUGUUAGUUUUGUUUUGCUUUACGGUUUCUCGUCUAUCGCCAGCCAUUUGCGUGCAAGUUAUGUGCACUGUUAGAAACAAUAGUGUGUGUAGAUGGUGAUAAAGAACACAAGCUCACAAUCUCGGGUCUUGGGUCUCUGUAGCUAUUGCGAUUUAGAAGGAUAGUAGCUCUAACUACUACCGUCUCACUUAGACAAUGGGAAGCAGAGGUCGAGCUCGAAAUCGAAAUCCUAAUUUUACGAUCAUAACACCGACCAAGGCAGCACGGCUAUUAAGUAUAGAUUAAUAAUUGUGUCCACUGCCUAUCCCGGCGAAGAUUACGAUAGCUUACUAUUACACUUAAUUUUAUUGGACUAAUUUUUAUGGACAUUUUAGGACGUGGUAAAAUAUUAAAUUUGCGCUGCAUUAGACAAGCAUAGCACAUGAGUCAGAGAAAACAAAACAUCAAUCAGCUCGAAGUCUUGACCUGAAAGCAUCGUGAUUAUUUGCUGGUACGAUCCGUGUAGUCAGACCGUAUAGUUUUGAUUUAUUUCACAAUCCUGUACUACUUUGUGAUAAAGAUAAAAUAGUGUAACAACAUUCAAAAGCAAAA